AUGACGGGCAUCCAGCAACAGUCGUUGGUCAUUACCCAGGACCCCCUGUCCUCGAAGAUGGUUGUGGGAGGACUCUCUCGCCUCGCUCCCGUCGACCUGAUGCCUGAGCGGUACUCGCGCCACAUGAAGAUCCUGACGAAGCUCAAGCAAAUCCGCCAGGUAAAAAUUUGCCGAAGUCCUGACAGCAGCCGCAGCUACGUCAUCGACGUGUACACUGCGUCGCAGUCCAUGACGCGAACCCCAACGAUUUUGAAGACUGCAAACUCGGCGCUAACGAGCACCCAGCAACCUCCGACACUCUUCAGCAGAUCGGACGUCCACAUCGAAAGGAAGUUCUCCGACUUUGUGAAGCUACGCGAUGAGCUGUACGAGUCUUGCCACACGGGACCUCACCUGUACAUGAACUGCAAGUUCUGCAGUGAAGUAACCCGUUACCUGCUCCUCGGAGCCGUGCUACCUGGUGCACUUCUCACGUGGAUGCUUCCAGCGCCAGCGAACCAGGGCAGUGCAGCGAUUUAUUGA